AUGUCUUUUGAUCUGGAAAGUUGCGAAAACUCCGAGUCGUCCGGCUGCUCCAUCGAGGACAAAUUGCCGAGUCGAAACUGUUUGAUUCGUGGAAAAGAUGGUGUCUAUGCAGUUGGGAAAAAAGUGGCUCAAGGCAGAUUUGGAGCGGUUUACGAGGUUCUGAGAAGAUCUGAUGGAAAACCUUUUGCGUGCAAAUUGGAGAUCUGUGAAGCACAUUCACAUGGAUUGGAUCAAGACUACAGUGUGAUGAAUAAGGUGGCAAAGAGGGGAGCAGAGAAUUUGGUUCGGAUGAUAGAUCGGGGAAAGAUUGAGGAGCAUUUCAAGUUUAUAAUAAUGCCAUUGCUCGGUGAAAAUCUGAUGAAUCUUCGCUACCUCUUCGAAGAUGGACGUUUCUCGUUAUCCACUGGUCUCCGUUUGGCACUUCUUGCUAUUCAACCCAUUCAGGCACUUCACCAGAUUGGUUAUGUCCAUCGAGAUAUCAAAGCUUCAAAUUUCUGUAUUUCGGAUCCCCACAUGCUCAACCAGGACCCCGAAUCAUUGAAAUUGGUUCUGAUAGAUUACGGAGUGUGCCGAUCGUUCAAGGAUAAAAGUGGAGAGUUGAAGACUCCGAGAACCGAUAUAAAAUUCAGGGGAACCAACCGAUAUGCAUCGCUGGCUGCUCAUUACGGAGAAGAGCAAUCUCCAAAGGAUGACAUGGAGUCAUGGUUUUAUAUGAUGAUCGAGUUGAUUUCAGGAAACCUCCCCUGGUCCUUCAUGCAUCGUGAGCAGAACAAAGAAGUUGCAGCGAUGAAAGAAGCAUGUCGAACCACAGAUGGAUCACUGAUAAUGAUGAAGUUUUGUCCAAGAAUCGAAUUCCACCGUAUCCAAGCGUAUUUGAUGGGUCUGAAAUAUCAAAAUACUGUAGACUACACAUUCAUCUCCGAAAUGGUCCAGCUGGCAAUGCGGAACAAUGGAAUCAGAAUGAGCGAGAAAUUCGAUUGGCAAGAAGAUUGA